UUUUCUUGUUUUCUUUGUUUUAAAACACAAGAAGAGUAGCUACCACUCCUCCCCCCUACACUCCUAGCCAAAUAUUUAGCCUCCGCUCCCUUGGAAAAAGCAAUCUGAGCAGUACAGAAGCUUCCAGAUCAGGUUCUCCGGCGAGGACACCGUCGUCAUUUCAUUUUCCUUUCAGAUCCGUUCCAUCAUUCUCUUUUGCCGUCAGUCUUAAACCUCAAACCAGUGCUUUUUCUGCCAGAGGAAGAGUAAGAAGAGAGGAAUUCGGGAGAAGCUUGCUUGUGUUCUGGUGCCUUUUUUAUUCGAGCUGCUUUUGCGGUUGGCAAGAGCAUUGUUACACUUGUGAGAGGAGAAAAUGGAGAGGAGCACGCCGGUGAGGAAGCCGCACACAUCAACUGCAGAUCUGCUCACUUGGCCGGAAGCUCCUCCCGCCGAUUCCCCCUCCCCUGGCUCCGUCGCCCCCGCCAGGUCUCAUCAGCCGUCCGAUGGGAUCCGUAAGGUGGUGUUUGGAGGACAAGUGACGGAUGAGGAGUUCGAGAGCUUAAACAAACGGAAACCUUGUUCAGGUUAUAAGUUGAAGGAGAUCACUGGUAGUGGCAUUUUUGCAGUCAACGGAGAAGAUGAUUCUACGGAAUCAGGCAGUGCCAACCCUACUCCAAAUGCCAGAACUGGAGUACGCAUGUACCAGCAAACGCUUGCUGGAAUCAGCCAUAUCUCUUUUAGCGAGGAGGUGAGUGUUUCUCCCAAAAAGCCAACCACUUUGCCAGAGGUGGCAAAGCAGCGCGAAUUGAGUGGCUCUAUGGAAAGUGAGUCAGAGUCAAAGUUGAAGAAGCAGGUAUCUGAUGCAAAGUGCAAGGAGAUAAGUGGACAUGACAUCUUUGCACCCCCACCUGAAAUUUUACCCAGACCAACCAGUACACGUGCAUUGGCAUUGAAGGAUAACUUCAACCUUGGAGAACCUGAAGUACAUAAUGGAAAUAGCAUGUCUGGUGAGCAACCUAUGGUCAAGACAGCGAAGAAAAUUCCCAACCAGAAAUUUGCUCACCUUUCAGGAAAUGACAUAUUUAAGGAUGAUGUUCCUCCAACGUCAGCUGAGAAGCCACUCAGCACAGCAAAACUGCGGGAGAUAAGUGGAAGCAACAUUUUUGCUGAUGGGAAGGUAGAGGCUCGAGACUACCUAGGUGGCGUACGCAAGCCACCAGGGGGUGAGAGCAGCAUUGCUUUGGUGUAACUUGUUAGGUCUAACUCUGUUUAUUUUGUCAAGUGGUGUCUGGUUUUCAUGCUUACUAUUCAUGGUGGGGGUGUGAUUAUAUUAUUUGAUCUUUUUGUUGUGGGUUUUGGGAAUUAUGUUCUAGCCAUUUAGGUUUAAUUGUGGCAAAAAAAAAAAAAAAAGAUUUAAGGGUUUUAACACGUCAAUCAGAACCAUAUAUGGACUUUCUGCUAAUUUGGUUUGUUUGUCCAUAAUCUUGUGUUAUACAGUUCUUGUCUAUGGCCAAGCUGCAGCUUUUUGUUAAGUGAAAGUCUUGAGCUAUUUAGAUUUAAUUUUAUUGCAUCGACCAUAAAGCUGAGACUUAUUAUGGAUAAACGUUUUCCUAGAUC